AAGGAACAGGGGAGAGGAGACGGUUAUAUCUCGUCUCAGAUUUGGGUACACUGGUUUGAAUAGCAUGUUGUUUUUAAUAGGAAAACGCCAUACAGGAAGGUGUGACUGCAAUAGAGAAGAAGAAACAACACAGCAAGUUUUAAUGCAUUGUCAGAAAUAUGAUGCUGAAAGAAGACAACUGAUCAGAAAGCUUGGCGAUAUGAAAGUGAACCUGGACUUGGUUGAUUUAUUUCACAAGCACUCUAGAAGUGAAAGUUAUCAGGCCAUAUUUUUGUUUUUAAGUCAGACUCAUUUGUUUGUGAGGAUUUGAAUAAUUUGUUGGGGGGAGGGUUGUGUCAUUUCGGUGCUCACUUCACACCAGUUGGUAGCGGUAAUGCACCAUUUUGCUGUUUGCCAACCGCCUAUAAACAAUAUAAAGGAGAAGAAGAAGAGUUCCCGCUGUGGCCGCUGAGUUGGGGGCAGCACUGAGCUGCUGCAGAGGAAGCUACAGAGCAGCAGAAGAAGAGCAGCAGCAGAGUGUGUGCGGCCUGCCGUUCCGCUGUGUUUCGUUGUUUUUCCGAGUUUUCGGAUUCAUACUGAAGCUGUUCUCCGCUCACAGCUCUCCCCCCGGACUCCGCCGCUCUCAGCAGGGGGCGCUGUGGGAGAUGGAGCCUCCCGCAGAAGGAAAGCAGCUCUUCCUGCUGGGAUCUGCAGGAGAGGAGAGAAGGAAGGAGGUGGGCUGCCAGUGGGAGAGCCCCGAGGAGGACAGAAAGGAGGUGGGCUGUCAGAGCGAGGCGGCAGAGAGGAGGGACGCCGCCGUCCAGGUAGACCUGCUGAGUCAGCAGCUGAGCUGGAGACACUCAGGCUCAUCUGCGAUGCUGCUUCAGUGCAUCGCCGUCCGACCUGACGGACCAGACGGGGGCGCUCUGCUGCAGCAUUGCACCACCAACAGGACCAGAACCAGAAUCAUCCGCCCAGCCCCCAAACUCUCCGACGAACCCACCUCAGCCAAGUCCAGGACCCAGAGGAGGCGGUCGGUACCUCAAAGCUUCAACACUGACAAACAGAGUCGCCGCUGCCACCGCCACGAGUCAUCUGACACUGACCAACAGGAGGAGGCCGAGGUCAUGACAGUGGAGGAGGACGACACAGCCGACCCCACCUGGACUCCGUCUGAAGGAGGUGUUGCGCUCCAGCCGCCACCCUCGGCUCCCGGAGCCGUGCGGCCGGGCUCCCAGGAUGUGGCCGCUGUGAAGCUGGAGCUCGAAAGCACCGUGUGCGAUGUAUGCGGCAAAGUGAUGAAGAACAAGUCGAGUCUGGCUCGCCACUCCUUCAUCCACACGGGGAAGAAGCCGUUCGCCUGCCACCUGUGCGAGCUGCGCUUCAAUCGCCGCGACAACCUGCAGCACCACCUGAAUCGGCUGCACCCAGACGGCGUCGCCAAGCGGGAGAAACAGCGGCAGGUUCAGGCGUGGCUGUGCGCCGUCUGCGGCAAGACGUUCAGCUGCCGCUCGCGGCUCAAGACGCACGAGGUCAUCCACUCGGGGGUGAAGCCGCACAGCUGCGACCUCUGCCCCAAGGCCUACAUGAGGGCCAAUGACCUGGAGCACCACAAGAAGGUCGUGCACGUGGACGGUGCCGCCGAGCCCCCGCGGCCGAGUUCGCUGCUCUGCGACUUCUGCGGCAAAGAGUUUAAGUGUAGGUCGCAGCUCGCCGUCCACUUCCAGACGCACACGGGUGAGCGGCCGCACCUCUGCGACAUCUGCGGCCGCAAGUUCGCUCGCCAGUACCAGCUCAAACGCCACAAGGUCCUGGUCCACAGCAACCAAGUCAACGGAGAAGACAGCCCAUCAGACGCCCCGUUCGCCUGCGGCGUGUGUGGGAAACGGCUCAAAUCGGAGGCGCUGCUCACUGCUCACGCCCGCAUCCACACGGGUGACAAGCCUCACCGCUGUGGCGUCUGCCUGCGCAGCUUCCAGCGUGCCGCCUGCCUCAAACAACACCAAGUCCGCGUGCACCUGCGGGUCAGGGCAGGCGACGCCGGCGCUGGCCACAGGAGGAGCACCGCCACCUCUGAGAAGGCGUUCCCGUGCCCUGUCUGCAGCAAGGUGUUCAAGUUUCGGUCGCUGCUGGCGAGCCACUCCACCAUCCACAGCGACGCCCGGCCGUUCACCUGCGACUUCUGCAGCCGCCGCUUCCGCCGCCUCAGCCACCUGAAGAGGCACCGAGAGGUCGUCCAUGCCAACGGGGCACGCCUGCCGCAGAGUUUCGUCUGCCACAUCUGCGGCAAGGACAAGAAGUGUCGCUCGCAGCUCGCCAGGCACGUCAUCAUCCACACCGGGGAGCGCCCGUUUGCCUGCGACCUCUGCUCGGCCUGCUUCAACCGCCACGGCAACCUGCAGCAGCACAGGAAGCGCAUGCACGGUGUCAGGACGCUGCCAGACGAGGAAGCCCCGCCCAUUCUUUUUGAUGACGACGCGGCUCUGACGUACAAACAGGAGGAGACGGUGGUGGACUGUGCAGCAGAGCUAUCUGAGGAUGACGUGGACACCGCACAGCAGCUGGAUGCCACCUGACAGCAGUCACGGAGUUCUGCUGCACCCGAGCAGCUCUGCAGGGUUUGACGAACAGACGGAGCUCUGAGGGUCACAUGAUGUUCAAAGACAAGCAGAGGCAGCUGAUUGGCUGGCGGGCUGGUCACAGAUCAGCUGAGAUUAUGGUAGAAGGAGUUUGAAUCAAACUUUAUUUGUCUGUGUCUUGGUUUAAUUAAAGAUGGUUACAUCA